AUGGUCCUCUCAGACGACGAGCUCGCGCAGAUCACCGCGCUCAUCUCGAACUCGGGCGACGACGCGGUCGCGUCCGGCGCCGACGUCCACUGGCUCCUGUACUGUGGCGUGCUCGUCUUCCUGAUGCAGGCGGGCUUCGCCAUGUUGUGCGCCGGGUCCAUCCGCGCGAAGAACGCGCAGAACAUCCUGCUCAAGAACCUCAUGGAUGCGUGCGUCGGCGCGCUCUGGUUCUGGGCCACCGGCUACGCGUUCGCGUACGGGUCCGACUCGUCCAGCAGCAACUGGUUCAUCGGCGGGAACAAGUACUUCUUCCUCGCCAACGGCUACGAAGGCGCGAACGGCUUCCACGACUGGUUCUUCCAGUUCGCCUUCGCGGCGACGGCGGCGACGAUCGUCUCCGGCGCCGUCGCGGAGCGGUGCUCCAUGGGCGCGUACGCGGGCUACAGCGCGGUGCUCACGGGCUUCGUCUACCCCGUCGUCGUCCACUGGAUCUGGAGCAGCGACGGCUUCCUCACGGCCUUCACACCCGAGGGCAAGACGCCCUGGCUCAAGGUCGGCGUCGUCGACUUCGCGGGCUGCGGCGUCGUCCACAUGGUCGGCGGCGCGGCCGCGGGCAUCGGCGCGGCGAUCCUCGGGCCGCGCAUCGGCCGCUUCGGCCCGAACGGCCGGCCCAUCAACGGCCACUCCAUGCCCCUGGUGGUCCUGGGCACCUUCCUCCUCUGGGUGGGCUGGUACGGCUUCAACCCCGGGUCGACGCUCUGCAUCGUCGGCUGCGACGCCGUCGCGGCCAAGGUCGCGGUGACGACGACGCUCGCGGCGGCCGCCGGCGGCCUCACGAACCUCUUCCUCCACUACCAGCUCUCCCACGUCUACGACGUCGCCGAGAUGUGCAACGGCGUCCUCGCGGGGCUCGUGUCCAUCACGUCCGCGUGCGCGGUCGUCGAGCCCUGGGCCGCCGUCGUCAUCGGCCUGAUCGGCGCGUUCGUCUACACGGGCGGCUCGCUCCUCCUCGUCAAGCUCGAGAUCGACGACGCCGUCAACGCGGCGCCCGUGCACUACUUCGCGGGCGCCUGGGGCCUGCUCGCGCCCGCGCUCUUCGCGCGGCCCUACAACAUGCGCGCGGCCUACGGCAACGCGGACCGCGCGGGCCUCUUCUACACGGGCGACGGCUCCAUGCUCGCCUGCCAGGUCGUCGCGCUCCUCGUCGUCACGGCCUGGGUCGCGGCGACGAUGACGCCCUUCUUCUACGUCAUGAAGGUGCUGGGCAUCUUCCGCGUGCCGCAGGCCGUCGAGGAGCUCGGGCUCGACGAUUUGAAGCACGGCGGCUCGGCCUACGAGGGCCUCGCCGACAAGCUCGCGGCCAAGGCGUGA